AUGGGAGAUGGCUUUUUGUAUGUAAUUCUGCAUAAUUACUCGGAAAGAUUCAUGGAUUCAUUAUGGGUGAUUAUAAAUCGACCACGUCAGAGAAUAAAUGAUUGGAAAAAAUCUCAUGGAGCUGCAUGUUUUUUAGGAAGUCUUUUGUCCAGAGCAGCAUUUAUUGAUUUUAGAACAUCGAUGUAUUGGAUGGAAAAAUUAAUGAAAUGGUGUCAUAAUUACGUUAACCAAGCAUUUGAUCUUUCAUCCAAUGUUGUGGCGGGGGAUUUAUGUCACGGAACAUUUUAUGCGGUUUGUCAAGCAUUGAUUGUUACAUUUUGCUUCCGGUACCAUGAAUUCGUUAAAUACAAUGAAUUAAGUAAAAUACGCCACUGGGGCCUCGGUCGUGUGAUAAAUUGUUCAUUAGAGCCGCUAGUAUAUAUCGAUCGACUCAUUGCUUUUUGUUUCGCUUCUAUCAGCAGAUCUUUACAACUUGUAUACUGCCAUCAUGUUAUCCGUUUGGUAACAAAUGAUAAAGUUCCAUUUGAACCAUAUUUUCCGUUUGAUUCUUAUUCUCUUGAAAGGUGUAUUUUUUUAAUCACAUUAUUGUCAUACGAGUUCAUAAAUUCAUUGAUACGUCGAUUUUCGCCAUUAGCUGAUGAUAAAAUAAGGUUAAAAAAUGAAAUUUAUCACUUUGGAAAGAAAUGUGCCAUAAGAGAUAAUGACAGCGAAUCUAUGGAUUUUCUUGACGACGUCAGUCGGGAUCAGGAAAUGUUUGGUGGUAUUUCUUUCAUUUUUAUCUAA